CAUAAUUUGUUUACACACUAUUAUGCGAUAAAUAACAACAAACAAUACUUUCACAGUUUAAAAUGUUUAGAUAGUUUCUAAUUCCAUAUAAAUGGUUAAGCGAAUCAUCGAAAUAGUUCUGCAACUGACCAGUAUAGGACUGGUAAUAGCUGCAGCUGGUCUUUGGGCGGGAGCAGGAGUAGAUGCAAGACCUAGGCACCGUGAUGAGCAGACUUUGGUGGGAGGAGCGAUAUGGAGCCAAAUAAUAAUUCCUAUCGGUCUAAUGAUUUCGAAGAUAGUAGAAGAACAAAUUGAUGUUUAUGUUCAAGGAUAUUAUGUGAUCACUGGAAUAUUUCUACUGUGGUUAACCGGUGCGUUUUUGAUUGCACAUGAAAUGAAAUGGUUUGGCGCGAGGAACCGGGCGAAUACUAUGCCGCACAUGACAGGACACUUGUCGCACAGUUCAAGGCACUUAACACAUAAUGCACGAGUCAUGUCCAGCCACAUACUGAUAUCACAAUUCGAUCGAGCUUACUAUGCCAUCGGAGUUAUUUGUACUAUAGCUGGAGCUGUCAAGUUAGGUGAACUCAUCUUUGUCAUCGUUAAGUCGACGUAA